AUGAACGACGCUGAGCCAUCACUCUUUCUGGCCAGACACGAGCAUGCAUAUGGGCAAUCUCAUCACAAUCAUUUAAAACAACACCAAAAAUUCCACAACAAACGUCAAACGACGGUCGUUGAAACGGCAACAGCUGAAGCUUCCGCCAUAACAGAAGUCUAUCAAACAAUAUCCGUCGUCCAACAGGUUGAUGUCGAUAGCGAUGGAUCGACGCUCGCGGUCCAGACCCUUCCGGCAAGUGACUACUCGUCUUUGAAUAUACAGGCCGCAGCAACAACAACACCCUCGACUUCUUCGAGUACGAGUACAGAUAUCACUUCCACACUUUCUACAGAUCUCGGGGCUCAAGCUACAUCAUCUGGCCAAGUCGUCCUAUCGUUAUCAUCGAGCACUGAUGUGACUUCGACUGCCACUCCUUCCACUAGCUUUUCUACUUUCACUCCUAAUUCUAAUUCAACUACAUUAAUUUCUAGCUCAAUUCCGAAUUCGACUCCAGUCUCAGUAUCAGUUUCGAUUUCAGGUACAUUUUCAAGUUCUACAACAUUAUUUUCAAAUGCAACUGCUUCUCCUUCAAUUUCCUCCUCAUCAUCCACAACAUCCACAUCGUCCACGUCCCCCACAACUAAUACUACCGCAAUUCCUUUUGCUGGCUCAACUUCGACAUCCUCAUUCGAAACUUUCGCAUCGACGAUAACGUCUUCGUUUUUAUCUUCAUCUCCGUUUCUUUCUUCGGCCGCAUCGUCAACGUCUUCGAUCUCAGACUCGAACACAUUUUCGUCAUCAUCCUCGCCAUCUCAAACAGAUUCGACUAGCAGUGGUAUUUACGUUGGGGGAGGUACAGGUACUGGUUCGGCAUCUGGGGGUAGUGGCGCUACAAGUACUGCCGUUGCUGGGAGUGGUAGCAGUGGCAAUGGAACAGAUAAUACUUCAACGCCAUCGACAUCCACGAUAGUUGGAGGUGUAGUCGGUGGAGUAGCUGGUCUUGCUGCAAUUUUGUUUCUUCUGAUGUUUGUAUUGAGAUGGAAGAAGAAGAAUGGUGGCAUGUUAUCUCUUGGAAGUGUGCCUCCUUCGGCGGUUGCAGGUGGUGGAAGCAGUGGAGGAGCUGGUGGGAAUGGCGGCAGCGAUUCGGCAAACCAAGCCCCAGGUUUCUCUAAUCAAGCUCCCCGUAGCAUGACAGAGCGUAGAUCACUCGCUAUGGCCGUACCUGCAGCGCUGGCCAGUCUCUCGAAAACUAAGCGAUCCUCUCAAAACACAGCGACUAAUACAAUCUCCUCAGCAGGCAGUGAAAGAGGCUUCUACAGAGUAUCUGGCAAGAAGCUUCCCUCUGUUUUACAACAUGGAGGUGACGGUUAUGCUGAGCCAAAUCCAAAUACAUUGAGCGGAUCUUUCUUCUAUCCCUCUGGAGUGCCUCCUAUCCCUAACUCGAAUACUUUGAGUGGCACCUCGUUCUACCGAGAUUCUCAGGGAUUCUAUGGAGGACAACCAAGCCCACCUCUCGAACCCACGAAUAGAGACUCUGGAGUCCCAGUCAUGAGACCUAGUCCCGCAAGAACCCCCGUUACAGAACAUGGCCCGUUUGCAGAACCACCCGUAGCUACCCCGCCUAGGCCGGAUCUUCUGGGUCGCUCGCACCCCUCACAAGAUGGCUCCCAUCCCUCAAGAUUUACAGAAGAAGUCUGA